GUGGGCGUGGCCCGAAGGGGAAGUGAAAGCGAAAGCGAUGGCGGGAGCGCGGCUGCUGCUGGCGGGUCUGUUCCAUAUUUGGGGGGUGGUCGCGGUUUUUGGGGAGCCCCCCCCGGCGCUGCGCUGCCCCCUGCUGGACGAGCGCGGCUCCCCCUCCCCCGGCGGGGCCCUGCUCCGAUUUUUGGGGGGUCCCGAGGCGCCCCCGCCCCCCGAGGACCCCCAGAACACCUUCGAUGUCAUCGACGCUUUGGGGGUCCUGCGGGAUUUUUGGGGUCCCUCCCCGGAAGUCGAGCUGGAGCCACGACCGCUGCUGCCGCCGCCGGGGCGGGCGCCGCGGUGCCACCCGGGGCAGGGCUCGCGCUGGUGGCUGCUGGCCCUGGGGACGCCGCGCAGGGAGGGGACGGUGCUGCUGCAGGAGGGGACGGCGGGGGACGCGCGCAGGGUCAACGCCUCCCUGUCCAUCUCCACGCUGACCCCGACGCUGCGGGGGCUGCUGGACCCCCAGACCCUGCACUGCUCCUUCACGCCGCCCUCGCCGGGGCUGCCCUUCACCCUGCAGUGGCUGCGGCACCGCGACGGCGCCACCCGCCGCCUGCUGGCCUUCGACUCGGCCGCCAACCGCGUCACCGAGGCCGCGCCGGGCGCGCUGCUGCUGCUGGGGGGACGCGGGGACGCCCCCGGCGACGCUGGGGGGACGCGGCCGCCGGGGGGCGCUCUGGAGGUGUCGCUGCAGCUGCCGCCGCUCUCGGUGUCCGAUGACGGCUCCUUCAUCUGCUCCGUGGCCACGCCCCUCGGGCAGCUGCAGCAGGUGCUGCGCGUGAACGUGAUUGGUCAGUGCCGGGACCGCCGGAGCGCGGGGCUGCGCGUGGCCGCGGGGACGGCGGGGGACAGCUACAGCUGCCUGGUGACACACGCGGCCUGGGACAGCCCGCUGAGGGUCACCGUGAGGGUGGCAGGUGACACCGGGCCCAGCGUGGAGGACAUGGCGGGGGUGGCCCUGGUGGCCUUCGUCAUCGGGGGGCUCUGCCAGCGCCUGUGGGCCUCGGCGGGGAGGUGACACCCGUGGCACCGAUGUCCCCAAAUGUCCCCAAGCGUCCCCAAAUGUCCCCAAACCUUCCCAAUGUCCCCAGUCCCCUCAAUGUCCCCAAUCCCCCCAAUGUCCCCAACCCCCUCAAU